AUGUCUUUAUUCUCGACCAACGAGCACCUUGGUAUUGAAUGCGCAAAUGCUUCCAGUUUAGCUGUUGGCAGAUUUUUCGACAACCGUGACCAGUUGGUAGUUGGAACUUUUGCCGGUGAACUGACUAUUAUUGAUCCUGGCGAUCCAACCACAGAAAAGCAGUGUAUUCUUCAACAUUCGUUCCAAUUGCCGAUUAUUAGCGUUGCUGUUGGAAGAUUUUUGGCCGCCUCGGAUGACAACUUCUUGGCCGUUCUUCUAACGCAAAGACUUUGUAUAUGUCAAUUAUAUUCAGAAGGUAAUAACUGUAAACUGAUUGUCGUCAACGAACAUGCCACGCAUGAACUGGCAUAUAAUAUGUGUACUGGCCAGUUUGCUAGGUCUCAGGCAGAUCUUCUUUGUGUCCAAAGCCUCAGCUGUACGCUGACAGUCUAUGAGGCUGAACAGGCGCUACUGCAUCGAACCUUACCAAAUGCUUUAAUUCCUGGACCAAUAGCUUAUGCUUCAUACUCGGAAUCAAUAAUUGUAACCUCUGGUGGCGUCCUCUCAUCGUUUAAAUACAACUCAUUGGUAACAGCAACAAGCGGAAAUCAUGGCAAAAAGCUUGUGGCUGACUGGGCUUUCACUCUGGGAGAUUGGCCGGUUGGUGUAAGCACUGCCGGGUCGCCCACUUUGCAACCUUCGAUCCUCGUUCUUUGUAAAAGAAAUUUGUACUGCUUUACUCAGGGAGGUAUACUGAGGUUUAAUAUACGAUUACAGUGUAUCGCAACUCAUCUACUUGCCUAUGGAUUUGGUGAGACAUAUUUAAGAUACUGUAUUGUUGCAAGCCGUACAUUACAGUUUUAUGCUCAAAAUAUUCUGAUCUGGACAGCGAAUCUGCAGAUCGAUCCAAUUGAUUUACAACUUUGUUCUUUCGGGGAAUACCGUUGUAUGUUGGCGAUACUGUCUAGUGAAAGACUAUCGAUAGCAUACUUGGGCACUGAACCAUCAAUAUUUUGUCUUCCAUCAUCUCAAACUAGAUUUGUAGACUUUAAGCAACGUCAUAUAGAGCUUCAGAAAUUGGAAUCUGUUAUUCGACAACAGGUUGACGGAAUUAAAUCAGGUGAAAAAGUCGUCGAAGGUCUACGAUUGGAAUGUACAUAUAAGGGUCUACAAAAAGAAAUUGAAGACAAUUUUGCUGGUGAAACAGAAGGAAUAUGCGCAGUUGUGGAAGUUGUCGUCAAAGAUUCUUUCCCGUUAUUAGAUAUCCGACUGUUAUGUCAUUCACAAUUCAAUGUUGAAAAAUGUGUUGUAAUCAACGAAGAAGGAAAAAUUGCCAGCGCCGAAAUUCUUAUUCCGUUAUUAUCAUUUUGUCGAACAGAUAAGAAUGUACAACGAAAUGCAACCUACAAGAUAAAUGUGGAAUCGACGGAUACAUUGCAGUCUAUACCAGAACUAUCUAUCGAUAUGAAAGCUGAUGGUUGUGCAUCUGUAGCUUUUCGUCCAAUAUUUCUCGAUAGCUCAAUUUCACUUUUUUCCUUCUCAAGGCCAAGAAGAUAUCGGAUUUGCUCAGAAUCGUUACCACUGCUCUGUUUGGCAACUGAAAAUUUGAUUCAUGAACUUCGCAAAAAAGAACCAACUGUUGAGUUGAAGUUUCCACGACUAUUGGCUAUUACAUUUCAGAAUUUAUGCUCAUUUCUUGAGUUAGAAAAACGGAAAAUAAAAGAGCAAGAAAACUUGGAAAAAACAUGCAUUCAACUUCGUGGCGCACAGUCUGCUUUACUGCAGAGGCUAAAGGCACCAAGACCGACAAAUAUUUCUCAUCUAGCCGCUCUUAUGGAAUAUGCUCACGAACAGGUGAGAUAUUUUUUAUAA